AUGGACUCAGCUCCUCUUCUCCAAGGCGCCAACGGGCUUCCAGGCCCUGGCGUGAUGCAAGACCACCCCGCCUUCCUCCGAGCAUGUCAUUCGCCCUGGCGGUUCAUUCCCCAAAACGUUCUCGUCAUCCUCCGAGGCCUGGUCCUGGCAGCUCUGCUUGCCAUGGGCAUUAUCAUCCUCAACUACGAGAUCAAUGAACCGAGCGAGUUCUCUGACUGGCGGAUCGUGUUCGACUUUGCCAACAUCAGCUUCUUCUUUACCUUUCUGUACCAACUGAUCGCCUUUUCAUGGACCUUCACCCACCUGUACUAUCCCCACUCUCACCACAUCGAUGGUUUCGAGGGCAUCGUCAUCCGAGCCAUGUCGCUGCCGAGGCACAUGUCCAGCCUCCGGAAGCAAUUCUACUUUACCAUGUUUUACACUACGGCAGUGGUCUUUUCCUUCGCGAGCUCGGUCAUCUACUUCUUCAUCACCCGCCAGCAUGAUGACGAUGAUGCCGCUGGUGAACCCCAGCCUCCCAAUCCUCCAAACGGCACUAUGAUCUGGGCAGGCUCCGUGAGGGCUGCCCCGGAGGCACCAUUGAGCGACAUCUUUGAUGAUGGAUCACUUCGCGCCUUUGUCAUCCUGGCCCUGUUCGUGAUCGCACCCAUCAUCAAUGUGAUCGAGAUCCUUUGGCUCAACAGCAUUCGACGUCCAUAUGCGAUUGGACUUCAUCUGCUCGGUCUCAUGGUCAAUGCGGCUAUCUACCUGGGAUGGGCAGCCUUUGGCCAUCUCGUCACCAACUGGUAUGCCUUCUUCUGGCUCGACAAGGGAGAGGUUGGCUCGGAUCAGGCAGUGACUCUGUACUCCAUUGGGUUUGUGUUCUUGGCUCCUAUCAGUAAGUUUGGUCGGCAUUCGAGAAAGCCUGACACGAUCGCUGUCCGAGGCUCGUGCCAUCGCCGCUGCGCAGGAGGCGCUUGA